GCCACGGAGAGAACCAUCCAGCUCAACAUCUCCUAUGCUCCACAGAACCUCACCAUCCAUGUCCUCUCUGGAAAUGUCACAGAACUGAAACACCCAGGGAAUGGCUCAUGUCUUCAGGUCCUGGAAGGGGCAUCUUUGCUCCUGGACUGUGUCACCGAGAGCAACCCUGAAGCCACAGUGAGCUGGGCCAAGAUGAAUGGGACCCUGAGCCCCUCCCAGGUCAGGAAGCCCAAGAUCCUGGAGCUGCCCUGGGUGGAGUUGGAGCAUGAAGGCAAAUUCAUCUGCAGAGCUCAGAACCCACUGGGCUCCCAGCAGGUCUCUCUGACCCUCUGUGUGCACUACCCCCCAAAGCUGCUGACACCCUCGUGCUCCUGGGAGGACCAGAGUCUGCGCUGCAACUGCUCAUCUCGAGCCCACCCAGCUGCCUCCUUGGGCUGGCGGCUGGGGAAGAGGCUGGUGGUGGGAAACCACAGCAACGCCUCCUUCACAGUCACUUCCAGCUCGAUGGGACCCUGGGCCAACAGCUCCCUGAGCCUCAGCGGGGGGCUCAGCUCCGGCCUCAGGUUCAGCUGUGAGGCCAUGAAUAUCCAUGGGUCCCAGAACGUCACUGUCCUGCUGCUGCCAGGCAAUUUGGUAUCCUCGGCGGGAAUGGUUUCUGCAGCUCUUGGAGGUGCUGGUGCCAUGGCCUUGCUGUCACUCUGUUUGUGCCUCACCUUCUUUUGCAUAGUGAAAACCCACAGGAAGCAAGCAGCCGGGAAACGAGAGGGCACGGAUGAUGAAGAUCCUGUCAUGGGUACAGUUGCCUGGGGUUCCAGGCAAAAGCCCCAGCCAGAGAGCCCCCCAGAGCAAGUGUCCCCUGCCGGAGAUGCCCCUCCCUCAGAGGAGCAACAGGAACUUCAUUAUGCCUCUCUCAGCUUUCACCAGAUGAAGUUUCAGGAGCCUCAGGACCAGGAGGCCACCAGCACCAACGAGUACUCUGAGAUCGGGGCAAGCAAAUGAGGACUUGCCCAGAGCUCAGUCCUGGCAGAGGGAGCACAGCCUCUGAGGCAGAAAGAGGAAGUCAAUGACUAAGGGAAGCCUGAGGAGCUGUUGCAGCAAUAUUAACAUUAACUAUGAUAUGAGCAUCCCCUGGUAGAGCAGAAAAAAGACAGGUGAUAGGAUUAGAGACUUGGGCUUAAAUGCAGGCUCCAGCACUUCCUAACGCAUUGGUCUCAAGCAACUCACUUCAUCUCUGGGUGCCUCAGUUUACCGUUCUGUAAAUCAGAAAUCGUGCAUUCCUACCUCAAAGGUGGUUGUGAGCAUUAAAGAAAUUGGCAUAGGGAAAUCAACCCACAGAGGUCCCGGCUUAGGGCAUGUGCUCAGUGCCUGCUGGUCUCUCUUCCUUCUACAAAAAGGUCCUGUUGGCAAGUUCUCCUGAGGCUGAAGUGACCAGGCACAGGGGACAGAGAAGCAACUGGUCGAUGUUAUUUUCCUUCCCAGAAUGCUUCAAAGCCUCCCCAGGGAACGACUGGCUCCUCAACCUGGCAUUUGGUUCAUGAUACAGCAUCUUAUAAUCUCUCUGUGGUCAUCUCCUUCCUCUACUUGUACUUGUCAGUUUUUCCCACUCAUUCCUCCACCUCCUGAUCUCCAGUCCCUUCACCAUCUCAUUUGUGGGCUCCAAAGUGAUCUUUCCAACAGCUGGAGAGCUAACUCUCUCUCCUGCACAAACCCAUUCAUGACUCCCUGGCCUUGGACAGUACAUCACAAGCAACUGCUCCUGGCACUUGAAAUCCUUCAUAACCUCACUGCUAUCUACU